UCCGGGGAGACCAGAUAUAGUGAAUGCAGGGUCUGGGGAGACCAGAUAUAGUGAAUGCAGGGUUCAGGGAGACCAGAUAUAGUGAAUGCAGGGUCCGGGGAGAGCGGAUAUAGUGAAUGCAGGGUUCAGGGAGACCAGAUAUAGUGAAUGCAGAGCCUGGGAGACCAGAUAUAGUGAAUGCAGGGUCCGGGGAGAGCGGAUAUAGUGAAUGCAGGGUUCAGGGAGACCAGAUAUAUCUGAGUGCUGCUGUGCAGUAAAUUGCA